AUGUCUCUCAACUCCAACCAACUCGACCCUCGCCAGCAUCCUCCCCGGGCCCUUGGCAAUGCUAUGGCGCUGAUACUCACAUCCCCGAAGCUAAUCACGCAGGCCUCAUGUUCUUCAAAGAUCACGGAACUCCCCAAGGAUGGCGCUUCAACCACGGCUACGGAUGCCAAACCAAUUGGAGAUCUUUGGGGGGCCGUUGAGAAGGGUGAGGAGAUUGAGAGGACAGCGCAUGUACUGGUCAUGGAUCCUAAACAGGCGGAUCCCGACAAGCUUGGGUUUGAUCCUUUUGAUGUCACAAAGGUUGCGUUUUCGCCUAGCAGUAUGGUUCCUGGUAUUGAGGACUCUCCUGACCCUCUUCUUCAGUUCCACGUGUUCUUCUACCGCGACGCUCAGUACCGUCGCAUCGGUGUCAAUCUGCUCCCAACAGCUUCGCUUACAAGUUCAGAGCUCGUGUCGCUGAGGCGCCGUAUCAGGUCAGCGACAACAUCGAAAGCAGGGUUAGUCACUGUUGACUUGAGGGAGAAGAAAAAUACUCGCUACAAUACAGCCAAGGGUCUUCGCCGCAUCAAGCUCCCGAGAUCAAGAGCAAGUGUUUGGCGCAGGUGUAAAACAUCUCGGAGGAUUAUGCGCAAGGCAUUUAUGAUCUUCUGGGUCAACAUCAGGUUGAGUUCCCCAAAGUCAAGGGACUGA